AUGCAACUGAAUGACUGCGUGGACCUACUUUUUCAAGAACGAUGCGAAUCUUUCACAGUACAGGUCAUACAGUACCGACCCGUUACACACCUUGCCGGGGGUCGUGGUGGUGGUAGUGGUUGUGAUGGAAGCCUCCCGACACAGCACCAGAAAAAAAGACAGAAGUGUGGUCGAGGUCCCUCCAGACCCCAACGGCUAGACGCGCUACGCGAAUGGCUGCUCUUUCUCAUCCGGUCGUCCAUCUGCAAGGGUCAUCUCAGAAUAGCAAAUACGGCCAUCAGUUCCAAUUCCAACACCCCCUCCUUUCUUAGCCCUUUUGACCUCGAUCUUUCGACUCUGGUCCUGUCUCUACCAAAGCGUGUCCCAAUAUUCCUCGCAACUACUCGCCGGUUGGCAGCCUUGGCCUUGCUCCUUGCUUCUUUCUAUCUGUCUCGCCUAUCGUGCCCUUUCCGAUUCUCCAUCUCCAGUGUCUUUCUUUCUCCUCUUUCUCGCGCUUAA